AUGAGCUAUACCCUCAAGAAGUCACAAACCCACUGCGUGGUGCUCGCCGCACAUUCCGCAGAUCCCAAAGAGGCCGCUCCACAGCCCCGCGCAACAAUGGCGACAGUGGCCAUGACGAGCGACCUAGAGCCAUAUCUGGCCUCCCUCCGGUCGUACUUGACCCAGAGCAGGCCUCCGCACCAAGCCGAAGCGGAUUCCGAAGACAGUGCGACCGAGACUCCUCGACUUCCGGAGCGCCGGACGGUGCAACGCGAGCAGGCAAGCUCGAAAGGAGGGAGAGACAACAGUCGUGCUGGCCCGCGGAGAUCAACCGUGGAGGAUCCACCGUGCUCAAUCUGCUGA